ACGCAACUGGACCCAACGCGAAACUCCCACGUUCGAACUCAGACACAGCCGUAUGCCAAAAUGCACGCCCCAACCCCUCACUCUCCCAUAUGGUGUCGAGCGGAGUGGCAACAGGCGGUCAGGGGCAGCGGACCGUAGUGCCGCGGGAAAGAGCGGCGGAGCAGGUCGCGCGGACGAGGGCACCCCUUCCCGCCCCACCGUACGCGCACCCACACCCGCAGAUGCACAGCCGACGACGCUGCACAUCCCCUCCCCCGCCGGCCUCCUCACUCUCCCCGUCCACCGCAACCUUUGGCACCUGCACCUAACCAUCCACCCGCUCACUGCGCACCAUCUCACCGCACUGUCAAACUUCACGGCUCUGGGAUUACUCAACCUGUCGUAUACGGAUGUGGAUUUCGGGAUGUUGCAAAACUCGUUGCGGGGGGUGGUGGUGUUCCGGCUGUGGGUUGUCGGUUGCGGGAGGCUUGUUGGUGGCGAGCGGACGGCGGUUCGCGGGGCCGAAGGCGGUACGGAUGUUGGCGGUGAACCCGACAUCGCCCAAGCCGACCGUCGCGGAUUCCUCCUCACAUCCCUCCCGCGCAUCUGGUCGCUGGACGGCGUCGUCGUCACAUGGCGUGAGCGGCGGCUGUGGGGCGCCUUAGCUGAGAGCUGUGGAUAUGCUAUCGCUCGAGGUGUCAAGGCGGGUGUGAGGUCCGCGGCUCAGGGCGUGGGGCUCGCCGUACGCAGCCGGUUUGUGGAUCUUGUGCGGAAGGAGUUUGUGCCGUUAGAAAGGGGAUGGCAUGCAAAGGAGAACGACGACCGCGUGGACCCGGUGUUGUCGGCAUCCCAGCAGGCAAGAAUCACUUCGCCAACGGCGCAUACCCUCCUCGCCACCCAUCCGCACAACUUUACGAUGGGUGUCGAGGAAGAUCUUGCCCGGUUACGUGUGCUAUGCAAGGAUGUGGAACUUUCCUUACAUCAGUCGGGACUGGAUGUGGACGGGCUUGUGACGGAGGUGGUAUUGGGUGGUGAUGAUUUGGGGAAGAUCAAAGAGGGAAGAGGGGGGACAUGGAUAAACACGCCGGGGAUCACCACACGGACAACGUUACUGCUGCUUCUCCUCGCAUCCUUCUUCCCGAAAGCUUUUUUGAACGUCCAGUCCACGUUCGAGACUCUUUUCGGUGCCGGUUCAGAUCAUGCAGCCGGCUACGAGGAUGACGGUGCCGGGGUUGAAGAUAGAGAAGGGACGGAACGCCACUGGACAACCACUCUCGCAAGUCCCAUAACUUGGUGUGUGCGCGACCGGCUCGCCUUGCUGGGUCUCCUUGUUGCAAGGGGGUGGAUAGAUCACGAGAGUGAAACAUCCAAAAACCCGCAUACCCCCCUCCUCCCGGCGAACAGCCUGCACGCCAUUACCCGCUUCUCGCAAGUUGUGCUCGCUUCCACUCUAGCUCACACUGAGGCUGGCGCUGCACCAGUCACGUCGACGUCGAUGGGUGCUCGGCCAGCUUCCGCAGGUAGAGGCGCGUCGGCACAUAGGGGCCACGCAGUCAAAUCUGUAUCACAUCCCCGGGCGUCUACACGCACCGAACCAAAAUCAACGGACACACCCAAACCAACCACGCUCUACAUCCCACAGCUGCGGAUAUACACCCACCGCCGCGCUCUGGCACGCCUCCAGCUGGACAUUUUACAGUUAUGCUGCCUGGAUGAGCGGAACGAUCCUUCACAUAGUCGCAACUCCCAGGACGCCAAUGAGAAUGACGGAGGGGUCGGUGAUACGAGCAUCGCAACGUCAUCAGCGACGACAACGAGUGCCCGCGCCGCCGAUUUUCUGACGCGGGUGUUGGGACCCCUCAGCGUGGUCUUGGAGCGGUCCGCCGGCGUGCUCCUCGCACCCGCCCGACCCACGAAGCGAGGGAAUGCGGGGCAGGCGAAGGCCCACAUCCAGCAGAAGGUGCCAGGCGGACAAGUUGAUCGCGCCGGAUUGGAGGUCGGCGGAACCGCAACCACGCACCCGAAUCUGCAGCCCACCCCGCCCACCUCCCUCAAUCGGCCGCCCAAUGCCACCUCAUCCGAGACGCUGCGGAAUCAGAUAACCAGCUUUGCAUCCGAAUGCGCACUCGCGUCCACCGCCGUCGCCGCGGGUCUCACCGCCGACUCACGACACGCGCACGCGGACCUGUCCACGACGGCGCUGGCGCUGCAGAUGAAGUUUCGCCUGUGCUGUUUGUGUCAGCGGGUGUUGGAUGGCGGUGGUGUGGACGGGGAUGAUAGCGAUGAUGAGGGCGGCGAUGGUGCGGGGUGCGGUGGUGAUGACGGAGACAUUUGAAUGGGUCAAGAUGAUAUGUUUGGUUUGCCCACACGAGCCAUUACGCCAUCUUGUGGAAAGUGGAUAUGGUAGGCGUUGUGGUUGUGUAAGUAGGAUGUAGGGAAUCGGGGAGGACUCGGUGAACAGAAAGGGAAUGAACGUGCGACGCUUCCCCGUUUCCCUCCUCCCGUAUCUCUCGUUUGCUCAUGAGCGGCGACCCUUUCCAUAUGUACGUCAGCAGCCGCCCAAUUUCGACAGCGCGGAUCAUGUCAAUUCCGGGGGUAAAGACGGCAUCUUUUGUCGUGCAGAUCGGGUUUUGAGCCCUCUCGAAAUACGUCUCCAAAUGUAUGGGCACUGGGACUUUUUGGCAGCUAUCGUCGGAAAGGGUGCGCUAUCCCAUCGUCUGUAGAUGUAUUGUAUUCAGGACACAGUUACGAAGGAAAAAGUCAGCCUUCUGUAGCAAG